GGUUCACAAUAAUAUUAAUGUGUAUAUCCAAAUUCAAUCUUUUGACCAUGAUAAUCUCAGACAGGCAGGCAGUUAGGCUGGUAGACACAGUUAUACAAACACUCACGGACAAAUUCUCAUUCCUAAUAGGGUCCCGGUAUGUUCUCCAACUCUCUCCGCUCGUCAGUGGAGGAUGCAGUUUGUCGGUGUUGUCAGGGGAGCGCCAGUAGCAGGGCAAAAGGUGGCCAUGAUUCUUUCCAACGGCUCCCUCAAGGCAGACCAUUUCAGAACCAACAGUACCUAGGUAAGCCAGUGUUCCUCCACAUGGGUGAGGAGGUGGAUGGGGUGGACAUGAGGGCAGAGGUCGGCCUGCUGAGUCGCAACAUCCUGGUGCGCGGCGAGAUGGAACCUGGUUGCUACGGCAACGAGGCCUGCAAGUUCUUCGCCUUUGACACUUUUGGAGGACACGUGAAGGUGGAGCGUGGCUUUAAGUCUGUGCAUGUGUCCGGUGUAGAGCUGCAGCACAUGGGUCAACAGUCUAUGGGUCACUACCCUGUCCACUUCCAUAUGAACGGAGACGUGGACCAGAAGGGAGGCUACGAUCCCCCCACCUCCGUCAGCGAUCUGUCCAUCCACCACACCUUCUCCCGCUGUGUCACUGUGCACGGCUCCAACGGCCUACUGGUAAAGGACGUGGUGGGCUAUGAUGCUCUGGGACAUUGUUUCUUCACUGAGGACGGUCCUGAGGAGAGGAACACUUUUGACCACUGCCUGGGGCUGAUGAUCAGAGCUGGUACCCUGCUGCCCUCCGACAGGGACAGCAAGAUGUGUCGCGAUAUCACACAGGGAGCCUUCCCCGGAUAUGUGGCCAACCCACGACAAGAUUGCAGUGCUACGUCCACCUUUUGGAUUGCCAACCCCAAUAACAACCUCAUCAACUGUGCAGCAGCAGGCUCAGAGGAGACAGGUUUCUGGUUCCUCUUCCACCAUGUGCCUACGGGAGCCUCUGAGGGCAUGUACUCUCCUGGCCGCUCUGAACACACACCUAUGGGCCAGUUCACCAACAAUAGGGCCCACUCCAACUACAGGGCUGGGAUGAUCCUAGACAACGGUGUAAAGACGACACAGGCCAACGACAAGGACAAGAGACCCUUCCUUUCUCUAGUGGGAGCAAGAUAUGGACCCCACCAGGAUGCGGAUCCCUUCAAGCCCCGUGUUCCAGCUCUCAUCCACCAUUUUGUGGCCUACAAGAACCAGGACCACGGAGCCUGGCUGAGGGGAGGAGAUGUCUGGCUGGACGACUGCCAAUUUGCUGAUAAUGGAAUUGGCCUAACACUGGCUAGUGGUGGUACAUUCCCUGAUGACGAUGGGUCUCGUCAGGAGGUGAAGAACAGUCUGUUUGUUGGGGAGAGUGAGAACAGGGGCAUGCCCAUUCCUGACAACCGUAUCUGGGGUCCCGGGGGACCCGACCUCAAUGGAAGGACCCUGCCUCGAGGAGUUGACUUCCCUAUCCGUGGCAUGCAGAUCUACGACGGGCCCAUCAACGUGCAGAACUGCACCUUCAGAAAAUACAUUGCCCUGGACGGUCGACACACCAGCGCCUUCGGCUUCAGACUCAACAACUCCUGGCAGAGCUGCCCUAACAACAACGUCACUGACAUCACCUUCGACGACGUGCCUAUAACGUCCCGGGUGUUUUUCGGCGAGCCCGGCCCAUGGUUUAACAAGAUGCAAAUGGACGGUGACAAGACCACGAUAUUCCACGACGUGGACGGCUCGGUCAGUGAGUACCCUGGAGCCUUCCUGGUCAAAGAGGACAACUGGUUACUGAGACACCCUGACUGUAUUGACGUGCCUGACUGGAGGGCUGCCAUCUGUAGUGGGCAUUAUGCACAGAUCUACAUACAGACACGUAACCCUGCCAGUCUGAACAUGCAGAUGGUAAAGGAUGAGUACCCUGACAGACCCCUGACACUAGAGGGCGCUCUGGGCAAGAGGAAGCACUACCAGCAGUUCCAGCCCGUGGUCACCCUGGGUAAGGGCUACACUGUACACUGGGACCAGGCUGCUCCUGCAGAGAUCACUGUGUGGCUCAUCAACUUCAACAGGAACGACUGGAUCAACGUGGGCUUCUGCUACCCACCAGGCACCACCUUCACGAUCAUCUCGGACAUCCACAACCGGCUGACCAAGAAGACAAGGAAGACCGGUGUGUUCAUGAGGACCACACAGAGAGACAAGAUCAACCAGUCUCACCUGUCCCGAGGCUAUUACUACUGGGAGGAAGAUACCGGCCUGCUGUUCCUUCGAGUGAAGGCCCACAAUGAGAAGGAGGACUUUGCCUUCUGUUCAGUGAAGGGUUGUGAGAGGGUUAAAAUCACAGCCGUUAUCCCUAAGGGCAGCGGCCCCAGUGACUGCAUGACACAGGCCUACCCCCUGCACGCAGAGAUGCCCAUCGUAGAUGUGCCCAUGCCAAGGAAACUGCCCAGCGCCAAGCUGCGCACCACAGACCACUUCCUGGAGAUCAAGCUGGAGUCCUACAACACACGCUUCUUCCACAUCAAGGAGGACUUCGCCUACACAGAGGUUAACGGCAGGAAGUUGUACCAGCCAGAUGAUGGGGUGCAGCUGACGGUGAUGGAUGGCCAUGACGGGAGACUGGUGGAGAGCAAAGGCUUCAGGAACUCCAUACUGCAGGGUGUACCUGCCCAGAUAGAGAGCUAUGUUAACAACCUGACAGACCACUCUAUCGUCAUAAUAACGUCUAAGGGUCGCCUGGUAACUCGGGGCCCCUGGACCAGAAUACUGGAACUCCUCGGGGCUGACAAGACCCUCAAGUUAAGAGACAAGCUAACGUUUGUAGGCUUCAAGGGCACUUUUCGACCUGACUGGGUCCGUAUGGAGGUGAAUGAGGAGAGAGCUAAGAUCCAUCAAGUCCUCCCUAUCCCUGUGGUCAAGAAGAUUAAGCUAUGAAGGAGAGAGGAGAGGAGGAACUAGGUGUAGUGGGGGGCACACAAGAGACUACACCUCCCACACAACACACACACACUGCCCCUAGGGCUGGAGUAGGUGAAAGUUGUUCCUAUAACUACUGGUCCAAGAUCAGAUGUUUUUCACCACUAAAGAUGAAUUAAGGUAAUCUGAUCCUAGAUCUGUGGUUAGGGACGGUUUCAGCCCGGUGCUACAGAGUGUGGGCCGGUCAAUCAAACGCAUGCGUUUUUCUGUCACCUAUCAACUUUCCCGCCAUGCAGGUCUCUGUUUAUGUGACAAUGUUGACUAUGUGAGUGAUUCGACUGUAUUGUUCGUUUGACUAUACUUGACUUUUAAAACGCGAGAAGAGAGAAAAAAUUACCAACAAAUAUUCCUUGUUUUUCAUCCUACUCAGAGACAGAUUUCCUAAAUGUUUGCACCUGUGUUUUCCAGUGGGAAGUUAACGUUGUUUAACACAAUAGAACAAAACAAAAUAUAGACCAAUGAAGUAGAAGUGAGAGAGAGAUUACGUGACUUUUAAAGUAGAACCAAAAGGUAAAUUACAGGUUAAAGGCCCAGUGUGGUCAAAAACGUGAUUUUACAGUAUUUUAUAUAUAUUUCCACACUGAGGUUGGAAUAAUACUGUGAAAUGAUGAUAAUGCCCUUUUAGUGUGAGAGCUGUUUGAAAAGACCACCUGAAAUUUCAACCUGUUUUGGUGGGAUGGAGUUUUGGCCUGCAUAGUGACAUCACCAUUAGUUAAUAGACCAAUAAUGAAGAGAGUUACAAACCAGUUACAAACCUCUCUGCCAAUUACAGCUAGACCACACCCAGCCAGUCCUAGCUAAAUCCUUGCAUCACAAAUUGCUCUUUGUUAAGAAGCUAUUUGUAUUACUUUUGACCAUUUUAAUUCAAAACAAUCACUUAAUUGUUACCCAGAAAUUAUUUGAUAUUGAGGUAAAAACAGCUGCAUUGGGCCUUUUUAAGAUGAACAUAAAAAACUUUUAGGUACAUUAUGAGAUAUAUUUACCCUUCUACUGGAUAUAAAGCAGGUGCAGACAUUUAGUCCCAUCUGUCCGGAAGAUUCCAUUCCAGAGAAGCUGUUUCCCUGUGUUUUAUGUGAGGGCUCUAGAUCGAUUACUUGAUAUUGUGUAAUGUUUGGUUUCAUAUAACUGUUCAUAUCAACGUUUGUGGUCCAUCGGUCUGUUUUAUUAAACAUACCAGUAUGUAAAGAAACCCCAAAAUGAUCCUGAAUAUAUCCAAGGACAUUUUUUGGUCACUUCUAAAGUGCUAUGGUCUUAGACAAUACUCCCAAAUCAAAACUUUAAAUGUUAUUUAAGCAAUUUAUAUAUUGAUUAUAAAUUGGCGAUUUUUCUUCAAAUCUGGCAAGAAUCAGAUAAACGUUUCCCUUUGCCCGAAAUAGCUGGUCUUUUUUCGGACGUGAUAGUUGUUAGUGUUUUGUAUGUUUAAAUGUGUUUUUAAAAAUUCCACAGAUUGAUAACAGAGAUAUAUUUUAUACUUAUUUAUUGUACAGACAUAAUUGAACAAAAUCUACAAGGGACAUCUUUUGAGUUGUAUUGUAUUCUGGUCCUGAAUUGUAUGUAAGAAUAAUAAUACUAUAACAUUUAAAACAAUCCCACUAAACACUGCUAUGGCAUAAUAUCAUCCUAGUUACCGCAAUGUUUUGUUUUAACCCUACACUAAAUGGAUGUGAUGUAUUAUACAUGACUUGGGCUUGUAAAGUAAUUCAAUCUCAUGACUUAAAAUCUUUGAAUGACUUUUGUACAUAAAUAAAUGAAUAAGUGAAUUUAUAAGCCUGUGUGUGUGAACCCCAAUAAAGGCUUUCUGCACAGAAACACCA